UUGUUAUUCAUUCAUUUUUGACAGCUUAUUGAUGUUUUCGAUAUGUCUUCAUUCAUUGAAAUUAACACUCUGGAAUUAUAUUUCCAAGAAAAUCCUGAAGCAAUGAUGGAUAUUACACAUCACCUUGAUAGUAUAAAUGGUUGGAAACUUAUUAUAAGUGAACUGAGAAAAUUCAGAAUUCCUGUGUAUGUGGAUCAAUAUUUGUUAGAAAGAUCAAAAUCACCAUCAAUGUUUUUAAUCAAUGCACUUAUUAUGCGUGCAUGCACUGUUAAUGAUUUUAAAGAGAUUCUGAAAAAAUGCAAUUUGUUGGACACCUUGGCAUUUUUGGAAGAAAAUGAACCACCAAAAAUAAUUAUUCAGCCUGGAGAAGAUUAUGAAAAAGUAUUUGUAUUUUUUGGUGAAGAUUUGAGAUUGGAAUGUGUUGCGACUGGUAUUCCUCCCCCUACCUAUCAGUGGUUUUGUGACAAUGUUGCACUUCCCAAUUGUAAUUCAUCAGUGAUGAUUAUGCCUGAUUUCAGAGAAAAUACUGAAGGAGAAUACUUUUGUGUUGUUACACAAUGUACAAAAGACUGUGUAAUUGAAGUUAGAUCAAAUAUUGUUGUUUGUACCCUUCUUGAUUCACUGCCUGAGUUUGUUCAGAAUCUACAACCAAAACUUGUAGUCCCUUUUGGUGCUGAAAUAAAAUUAGAAGUAGAAAUAUACUGUCGAUCUAAAUAUAAAAUUGAAUGGAUUAAACAAAAUCAAAUUCUUGAAGGAAAAAAUGACUGCAUCUUGAUUUUAAAAAAUAUUAAGAAAUCAGAUGCUGGUAAAUAUAGAUGUGUUGCAAAAAAUUCUGCUGGAGAAAUAUAUUCUGAUGAGUGCCAACUAUUAGUGAUGCUUGAAAAGAGAAGACAAAAAGCAUCAGCUAAGGUAGCAUUACUUAUUGCGAAUAGCAAAUAUGAUAAUUUUUUUAAUCUACAGACCCCUGUUGAGGAUUGUCUUCUUCUUGCUGAAAAACUAGAAAAACUCAAUUUCCAUGUGAUUACAUUAAUAGAUCUAACACUCCGAGAAAUGCAUAGUUAUAUCAACUGGUUUUUUGAAAAUUUACCUCCUGAAGCAUAUGCUUUUGUCUGUUAUGUUGGACAUGGAUUUUCAAUUGCCAAUAAUAAAUUUAUGAUGCCUGUUGAUUGCCCAAAAGAAAAUGAGUAUCGUAUAUUUGAUUGUAUAUUGGAUGAACUUCUUGUUAAAAAAGCAGCAGAAAGUAAUCUGAAGUUGUUAGUUCUCGUCUUAGACAUGUGCCUAGAAGAACCUAACAGGGAAGUAUCUGCUGCUUAUGAAGAUUUUCCAGAUUACAGGUAUAUUCCAAAUUCAAAAUUUAGUAAAGUUCAAGCUUUUGCAACAUCCAGUCACCAAGGUGCCUAUGAGUGUCCUAACAUGCCUCAUGGUUUCUAUAUUCCUCACAUAUGCAGAUAUCUUGAUAGUGACAAACCAGUUAUUCAAGUUUUUGAACUUGCUCAUCAAGAAUUUAGGAAAAAUAAAGUGGUAGAACUUCAAAAACCUUCUCUUAGUUAUAAUACAGAUCUGACUUUUAAGCUCACAGACCCUGUUGAAGAAAAUGUAUACUCACAAGACAGGAUUAAUCCAUUUGUUGACAUAAGGGACAAUUUAAAAUAUGAGCAUGAACUAUUUUUCCCCGAAGUAAAUUUGAAUACAACUUUAUUUGCAACACCACACAGAGGAAGGAUUCUUAAUGCUAUUGAUAUGAAAUUCACACAGACUAUUUUGAAUAAAUACAAUGUGUCUUUAAUUGCUAGUCCUGAGGAUCUUGGUUAUGCUUGGACACUAUCCACUAAGGAUAAUGAGUCUUUCCUGACUCUGUAUAACAUACAGAAAGUAAAGACUAAUAUUUAUAUUACAAUAUUUUUGGCUGAAGUUAAUGAACCUCACAAUAUUUUAUCUAAAAUAGACAUAGAUCUUGGACUACCUUUGAUUGCUUCUGCAAAAUAAUCAUCCUGAAAAAAUAAUGGAAAAAGAUGAAACAUUAUAAAAUAUUAUUCAUCAUAUCAUAUAGAAAAAGUAUUACCAA